AUGUCAGACAUCGUAUCUCUGCGCCAAUUCAGAAAGACUAAUGGCCCGGGCCCUACAUCUUCAACGAGCCUUGUCAAGAAGCAAGUAUCGAGAUCUAUGUAUUUUCCGGAAGCGUACCGCUUACUCGUCAAUUAUUUUAAUGUUCCAUACCGGCUGGUAUUUAUUUGGACCUCCCUUACAAGGUUACGGCAGGACAUUGGGGCCAUUAUUGUUCGUGGAGGAAGUAAUGAGUCUGCAUUAGACCAGGUUGCAGGAUACUUGAAUUGGCCUACAGGUAUUAGACCAGUACUGCGUCGAAUUAGAGAGGGAUCCUACAUAUUCGGAGAAGGCGCCAGCGUUGCGUUUGAAUUGGCGGCUUUUCGUACAAUUUAUGGAGCUAACGCCUCAAGAAACUGUGACUGGGAUGCAGCGAUAGUGCACUAUAGCCAAACAGGUGAACUUUUGGCAACCUGUUGGUAUGAACUGAGCAGUAGCGGAAUUUUAGGUGACGCCGAUAGUCUCAAAUCCUUAUUCGCAGGCCAUUCUGUAGCCAACGGUAAAAGGGUGGUUAUGUGGCCAAUGAAGAGGUUGAUUGUUUUCAGUACAAAAAUUGCACGAUGCCUUCACGGCCUAGGACAACAGAAAGCCGCAGUGUAUGGGCUUGAGAGGGAGAGUGCUUCGGCAGGCACAUGGUUUGAUGAGUGGAAACUAGUGUUUAUGCCGAGUGUUCCUCAAGAACAGUUGGACGUUACGAGCUGGGACUGUUAUAACUCAUAUCGAUGCGGCUAUGCCCAUAUUACCCUAGGGAUGAUUGAAAUUGGGCAAAAGGAGCUUGAGGCUGCUGAAAAGUCUAUUGGAUCAGCAGUAUUAUUUUUCGCGCAGUGUCGCGAAAUCGACUAUAUGCUGCACUAUGCUACUACCGCCAACGCUCUGCUCGGAUGGGUACGGGGAGACCUCCGUAAACACGAUGAUGCAAUGUAA